GAGUGACCUUAGGUCCCCGGUUUUUUGUUUUCUUCGGUCGCCCAUCAAGGAGGCUAGCUUUUAUUUUCCUUUGUAAAAUUCCGUCUCUGCUCGCGGAACAAGUUCCGUUUUAGUCAGAUGACGUCGGCUACAAGACAGGUGUACUUCGUCGGCGAAAAAAACACUUAAAGCCGGACGAUGGAUUAAAAAGAUGCUUUACCUCAACGUGUGAACUGCCGAAUUUAUUUUAUUUAACCAAGUAGCCUAGGCUACGAGUAAGCGGCUCGCGGACGUGUCGGUGGGAGAUAGCUGAGCUCGACCAUCGUUGAACAUGACCUUGCUCACACAUCUCCUCCCCUCCUCCCCAGGGGUUAGGUGGAGUCCAGUCCGGCCCAGGCCCAGGCUCCGGACCUUCCUCCUGGGCCUACUGUCUCUCUCCUCCCUGGUCCUCCUGGUUCUCUACUCCUCCCUGUUGAGUGACCGCUUCCUCCCCCCGUUCCUCCUCGGCUCCCUGCACUCCCUCUUCCUGAGGUCCAGACACGUCCGCUCCUACCCCCUGCUGAGGCAGCCUCGCUGCUGCUUCCACCCCCCCGUCCACGGAUCAGGCCCCCGGAUCGAGCCCGGACCCAGCCACCAGGGCCUCGGGCUCAGCCGAAGCCUCAACUCUAGCCCCAGGCUUGAUGCCGGGCGUAGGCCGGUCCCGAGACUCAACGCUAGUCGUAGCCCCGGAACCGGACACCUCCUGCUCCUGGCCGUCAAGUCCCACCCUGCCGACUGGCGAAGAAGGGAGGCCAUUCGAUCCACCUGGGGGGAGGAGAGGAGCUGGGGGGGGGAGGAGGUGAGGAGGGUCUUCCUGCUGGGGGAGGAGGAGGAGGAGAGGGAGCACGGCGUGGCUGAGGAGAGUGAUCGCCACGGCGACGUCCUCCAGUGGCGGUUCCGGGAGUCCUUCUUCAACGUGACCCUGAAGGAGGUCCUGUUCUGGGGCUGGUACCGGCGGCGGUGUUCCGGAUCCUUCCGUUACGUUCUGAAAGGGGACGAUGAUGUUUUUGUGGACGUGGAGAGAGUGGUGGAGCUCCUGAAGAACCUGGAGGGAGGGACAGGGGGAGGGCGAGAGGGAUGGAGAGACAAAGCAGCCGGCGAGAGGAGCGAUAUAGCACCAGACAUACCAGACGACCUCCUUAUAGAGCCAGACCUUCCAGACAGGACCCUCGCAGAUCCAGGGUUGUCUACGGGGUCUCCCGGACUUCUCUACAUGGGCCGUAUCUUCACCCACUCCCUGCCUGUCCGCCUCUGGUGGAACAAAUACUACAUCCCUUACUCCCUCCACACCGGCCAAUACCCUCCCUACGCCGGGGGGGCGGGAUACCUCCUGUCCAAUCAGGCGCUCCUCCUGCUCGACCACGCCUCCCCCGCUGUGCCCCUCUUUCCCAUUGACGACGCCUACGUCGGCAUGGUAGCGGAGGCAGCCGGCGUGCCAGCGACCCACCACCGAGGCUUCCUCUCCAGGGAGUACUCCUCUACCCGUCACCCCUGCUUCAACCUCGGCCUGCUGGUUCUCCACAAGCUGGAGCCUAAGGACCUGGUCCACCUGUGGAGGCUCUACCAGACCCAGGGGCACACCUGUGGAGGCCCUGCCCAGCCUGGGCUCACCUAGCCUGGGGUGGACCUCAGCAGUGCCACCUCACUCACCGAACUUCCUACUAGCUAUUUAUCCAGUGACUGAUGUUAGCAAACUGUCCAUGAACCUGAGAACCUUUCUCUGAAAAUAAAAUUCCUCUAAAGAUACUUUUUAUGUAAAUUGAA